ACAACACGGGCUCGAACUGCCCUCUGUUAACAUAAACAUCACCCUCGUUACCUGGCGACGCAACUUCCUACAAGUCUUGAACGGGACGAAGAAAUUACAGUGUACGAAAUUUCACGUGAAGGACAUCUUAAGUAUUUGGAAGAAAAAAAAAUAUCAAGAGCAGUUAAAAUCCGUAACAUGAACUUCUGUCGCUGCUCGCACACAAAUAGCCGGGUGGUGCUGGUCGCGCGCGGCACAGUGCCCAAGAAGACAGCGGCCCACGACAAGGCCCAGGGCGACGCGUGCGCCGUGUUCCGCAAGCUGCAGGACACUCUGCAGGCGACCCGCUGCGGCCUGGCGCAGCGCCUGCAGGAGCAGGGCGCCUUGAAGCGCGGGCUGGCGGGCAUCCCGGGCCUCGCCCCGGGGCAGCGCCCCUCCGGCGCCAAGCCCUGCGCGCAGACCAUCCUAGCAGACCUGCAGGCGCUCUUCUGCUGCCUCGACCGGGCGCGCGCAUCCGCCUCCCAGGGUACAGUCGCUGAGAACAGCCAGGUUUCUGGGCCGGCAUACCAUCAGAGCGAGGACCUAGCACAGCGCAUGGAGUCAGCAAGGAAUGUGAACCCAGGGCAGAGCGAUUACCCAGUACCAUGCGAGGUACCAGCUCCAUACGAAGACCCAGCAACGAACGAGGUACCAGCUUCGUGUGAGGUCCCAGCACAGAGUAUGGACACUGCAUGUAAUGAAGUCCCAGCACAGAGGAUGGACACAGUGCAGAGCCUGUACCCAGCACCAUGCGAGGUACCAGCUCCAUACGAAGACCUAGCAACGAACGAGGUACCAGCUUCGUGUGAGGUCCCAGCACAGAGUGUGGACACUGCAUGUGAUGAAGUCCCAGCACAGAGGAUGGACACAGUGCAGAGCCUGUACCCAGCAGCAUGCGAGGUCCCAGCUCCAUACGAAGAUCUAGCAACGAACGAGGUACCAGCUUCGUGUGAGGUCCCAGCACAGAGUGUGAACACGGCAUGUGAUGAAGUCCCAGCACAGAGGAUGGACACAGUGCAGAGCCUGUACCCAGCACCAUGCGAGGUCCCAGCUCCAUACGAAGACCCAGCAACGAACGAGGUACCAGCUCCGUGCGAGGUACCAGCAUUGAGUGGCGGGCCCGAUGACGUCGCCCCAUAUUCCACGAAGGAAGAGAUGAGGCGCGCCUUCCAAAUAGCCCUCAAGCAGCUGGACUGCGUGGAGCAGAGGAUUGCCAAGGUGCGUUGCGAUGUGGCCUACUCCAAGCUGCUGCUGGGCUCGGCACCGCGCUGCCAGCUACCCCAGCCACCCCAGCUACCCCAGCUACCCCAGUCAUCCCAGCUACCCCAGCUACCCCAGGUCCGCCCGUCUCCGCCAUCACAGCCCCCGCCACAGACCUCGUUCAGCUUCACCGCCUACGAGACGACCUCGUGCGAGGUGGAGAUCACCCGCAAGAAGCGGGCAUAACAGACACGACCCGCCGCUGUUUCCUGGCGAGCUCAACACUCCCGUUAUCGACUUUCGUUCAUUCUCAUGAAGAACAGUCAUUACUGUGCGCAUAUGAAAUCAUUCUUUGUCUGUCGACUCUUGAUACUGCAAUAAAGUGCCAAGUAAAC